UCAGUUGAUUGUUCUUCAGUGAUUUAAUUGAUUUGAAAUGAAACUUCUUUUGAUUUUUGCUUUGUGUGUUGUUGGAACUUUUGCAGCCGAAGGUCCAAUUUAUGAGUUCCCAGAAUGGUGGGAAGGUCGUGACAUCAAACAAUCUGAAUAUAUUCAAAGUAAAGUCAGAGGUGGUAGAAUCAUUGGAGGACAAGAAGCAACACCAAAUCAAUUUCCUUAUCAAGCCGGACUUCGACUUUCAUUUGCAACCACUCAAAACAUUGGAACAUGUGGAGGAUCUUUAGUUUCAACAACAAGAGUUAUUUCAGCAGCACAUUGUGUCGAUGUUGUUACUCAAGCUGAAGUUGUUCUUGGCGGUCACUUCAUUAAUAACCGUGAUGAACCAGCACAAGUUAGAGUUAUCGUUCCCAGAAGUGGAUUAGUCUGGCAUGAAUCGUACAAUCCCAACAAUCUUAAUAACGAUGUCGCUAUUCUAAUGUUCCCAUCUCCAGUAACACUUACCCCUCAAAUUCAACCAAUUGCACUUCCAGACGGUGCUGACCUUCAAAAUGACUUUGCUGGUGAACUUGCAACAGGCUCAGGAUGGGGAAGAUUUGGAAGUGCAAAUGUUAUUUCGGAAUUCUUACGUUAUGUUCAAUUGAAUGUCAUCACUAAUGCAGCUUGCAGAAUUCGCUUCCCAGGAAUCAUCGUUGAUAGCACAAUUUGCACAUCUGGUGAUGGAAUUGUUGGUGCAUGUAACGGAGAUUCCGGUGGUCCUUUGACUGUCCAGAGAAAUGGUGAAAGUAUGCUGAUUGGAGUAGCUUCAUUCGUAAGUGGUUUGGGAUGUGAAUCUGGUUGGCCAACUGGCUGGGCUCGCGUAACUUCCUUCGUUCCAUGGUUCCGUGCCCGAAUGUAAAUUAAGAUUCAAAAUGCUUAAGUCAGGUUGAUAAGAUUUCAAUUAUUUUAUGCCUUUGAACUUAUAGAGAUAAAAUGUGAUAACAAUAAAAAAAAUGCUGACAUCAGCGCAUUGCAACAGCUUUAAAAUGAAA